GCGACGCCGCCCGGGCUGCGACCGCCGGCGGUGCCGGCUGUGGGCAGGAUGACCACUCUGACCAGGCAGGACCUGAACUUUGGGCAAGUUGUUGCAGAUGUCCUUUCAGAGUUUCUGGAAGUGGCUGUUCACCUCAUCUUGUAUGUCAGAGAAGUUUACCCUAUUGGGAUCUUCCAGAAGAGGAAAAAAUACAAUGUCCCUGUCCAGAUGUCCUGCCACCCAGAGCUGAACCAGUACAUCCAGGACACCCUGCACUGUGUGAAGCCUCUGCUGGAGAAGAACGACGUGGAGAAAGUUGUAGUGGUAAUCCUGGAUAAAGAGCACCACCCUGUGGAGAGAUUUGUCUUUGAGAUCACCCAGCCACCUCUUCUGUCCAUCAGCUCUGAGUCCCUGCUGUCCCACGUGGAGCAGCUGCUUCGUGCCUUCAUCCUGAAGAUCAGUGUGUGUGAUGCUGUGCUGGACAACAACCCCCCAGGUUGCACCUUCACAGUUCUGGUUCACACCCGGGAGGCUGCCACAAGGAACAUGGAAAAGAUCCAGGUGAUCAAGGACUUCCCAUGGAUCCUUGCUGAUGAACAAGAUGUGCACAUGCACGACCCCAGGCUGAUUCCCCUGAAAACCAUGACCUCUGAUCUCCUCAAGAUGCAGCUGUAUGUAGAGGAAAGAGCCCACAAAGGCACCUGAUCUCCAGCCAGCCUUGCCUUGGAGCCUCAUCUGAUCUUCCAGUGGAAUGAGACAGCUCACAAACCAUACCUUGCCCACCCUCUCUUCAGCAGGUCUUCUGGGUGAAUGUAGAGCAGCUGCUGCCUCUUGAUUUCAAGUGCUCUUAACCACUGUACAUAGAACUGACUUGGAAUGUGGAGCCAGAGCCUGUUCCCAUGUGCCCUCGUGUGGGAGAGUGAGUAAAAAGGUUUUGUUGCAGUGAAUCCCUGGGAGCAGGAGGACAGGGAUGCAGUCACUGUUUGUGCAAAUCCAGCCCUCACCUCCAGUGCACACUGGAAGUGACACAGCCACCUCUUCUCUGCUCCUCUAGAGCAAUGGACUCGUCCCAAGGGUGAGUGAGGCCUUAGGUAGUGUCUGUCCCCUCUGACUGUCCCCAGGAGUCUUCAAUAAAUCAUAAAUUUUACCCUA